AAAAAUGGCGCAUAGUUUUAAUAUAGUUAAGUUUAUUAUAGCUGUUAUUUUACUUAUAGUUCUUGUACAGAUUCUCGUAUUUCUUCAUUUUUCUUCUAUACAUUGGCACGAUGACCAUCCCAUACGAGGCAACGACCAUAUAAAGUCUUCAAAUGAGAAAUUGCUCUCGCACGUGAGUCAAAUAUUUGGCUCGAAAAUCAAGGCAAAGAGAACACUUCAUGGUUCACACAGAGAUCUAUCGCCGCCAGUACUAGAUAUGCCAUAUAAGGCACCAUGUAAACCUAAGCAUAAAGACGCUAAUUCUGCUUUAAAAAGAGUCAAGUCUGAGUCAUGUAGAAGAGAAAUAUUGAAGACAGCCUGUCUAGCUGAAUCUCAAAAGUUAUAUAAAACUCAUAUUAGGAGAUCUUGUCCAUUGCACAARUCAGGGAAAUCUCCUGCUAAAUCUGUAACUGAUACAAAGCCUAUACCCCGUGGUCCUCCUAUCAGGAUUGCCUAUAUAAUGACUGUACAUGGAAGAUCUAUAAGACAAGUCAAGAGAUUAUUUAAAGCUAUUUAUCACAAUCAUCACUAUUUUUAUUUUCAUGUGGAUAAGAGGUCUGAUUAUCUUAGACGUGAGAUUAAAAAACUCAUAAAAGACUUCCCAAAUGCUGCCUUAGCACCAUGGAGUCUGUCAACUAUAUGGGGAGGAGCAACGUUGUUACAAAUGCUUCUUAAAUGCAUGGAAGACUUGAUAAAUAAAGAGAAUUGGAAAUGGGACUUUUUUAUCAAUAUUAGUGGAUCAGACUACCCCAUCAAAGACAAUGAUGCCCUGACCAAGUUUUUAAGAGGACACAGGGAACAAAACUUCUUAAAACCCCAUGGGAGAGAUUUGAAUAGAUUUAUUAAAAAGCAAGGCAUAGAUAGAACGUUUAUACAGUGUGAUGAUCAUAUGUGGAGACUUGGCAAUCGUCAGUUACCCCCUGACAUUGAGAUAGACGGAGGUAGUGACUGGAUUGCUUUGAACAGGAAAUUCUGUCAUUAUCUUGUGACUUCAACGGACUCCCUGGUGACAGGUCUCAAACAUAUGUAUAAAUACACCCUAUUGCCAGCUGAGUCGUUUUUCCACACCGUACUGCGUAAUGGACCUUUAUGUAAGAAAUGGAUAUCAACUAAUCUACGUCUCACCAACUGGAAGAGAAAGCUAGGAUGCCGAUGUCARUACAAACAUAUCGUAGACUGGUGUGGAUGUUCACCAAAUGAUUUCAAACCAGAGGACAUGCCUAGAAUAAAG